CCGCUCCCAGUCCUCAUGCUCAGUUUCCAUGUCACGCUCCAGUUGCGGUAUGGCGACAGCAGGGACAGCCCUCUCAAGUACUGGCUGUACCAAGAGGAGGGCGAGAGACCGCACAGGUGGCAGGAGGAGAGGAAGCGCCGAGAAAAGAGCCACGCCAGGGAGAGGAGAGACAAGAGCGCGAAAGACAGCAGCCACUCACUGUCUGACAGGGGCGGGGAGGAGCGGCGGAGAGACCGGCGGCUUACGGAGGGCUUUCCUUCUGAGGACGAGCGGCUCCGGGGCCACGCGGACAGAAAGGACAGGCCGUGGAGGGAGGAGCAGUGGAGGAGGGCGGCCAAGAAUGGUGAGCACAGAAGUCGAGGUGCAGGUUCCAAGAAGGACGAGACCGGCAGCCAGGAUGCAGAGAUGACGUAGCGAUGGUGCUGGUUUUAAGGAUCUCCCUGUGGGGAGGGGGCAG